AUGAAGUGUGCAAAGGGGAAGAAGAAAAAAAUGGAGGAAGUGAAAAAAGGCGAUGAUAUCGAAGAGAACAAAUCCGAUGGUUCUGUGCAGAUACCAGAGGAGCUUGAA